AUGUCAGAUGCACAUAUUCCUGACAAGCAAGGUGCCGAUGCGAACCUUGAAGCGCUAGGAUAUGCAGCAGAACUUUCAAGAAAUCGAUCAACAUGGCAGGUGGUGUUUAUGUGCUUUAUCCUCGCGUCUGUGCCUUAUGGACUCUCCACCACGAUGAAUUAUUCAAUUACCGGAGGGGGAUCGCCAAACAUGAUAUGGGGCUGGAUCAUUGUGUCGCUUAUCAUGCUUUGCGUCGGUAGCUCCCUAGCAGAGAUCACAUCCGUCUUCCCUACUGCAGGUGGUGUCUAUUAUCAGACAUUUGCGCUUUCUCCACCCAGAUGGCGUCGCGUAACUGCUUGGAUCUGCGGAUGGUCCUAUGUUGCUGGCAACGUUACUAUUACGUUAGCUGUCAAUUUCGCGACGGCUUUGUUUCUUGUGGAAAGUUUGAAUGUUUUUAAAGAUGCUUCUGGUCGAGGCAUUACGGAUGACUUUCAAGAUUAUCAGACCUACCUGAUCUUCCUUGCUAUCACUCUCGUCUGCCAUGCUAUUCCUGCACUUGGGAAUCGAUGGCUGACUUAUAUUGAGACAUUUGCGAUUUUGCUAACCAUGCUCGGUGUUACGGCAAUCAUCAUUACAAUUCUUGUCGUUGCACACAGUGGCCGACGAUCAGCCAAAUGGGUAUUCACCUCAUUCGAACCCCAGUCUGGUUGGCCAGAUGGUUGGUCCUUCUGUAUCGGACUGCUUCAAGCUGCCUACGGUCUUUCAGCCACCGGAAUGAUCACUUCUAUGUGUGAAGAAGUCCGCGACCCAGCCCUUCAAGUUCCCAAAGCGAUUAUCGGCGGCGUCGCGCUAAACAUGGUAGCCGGCUUUGCCUUCCUCUUGCCCGUCGCAUUCGUUCUCCCCGACAUCGCAGCCCUCGCAAGCAUUCCAUCCGGUCAACCGGUCCCUACAAUCAUCAGAUCAGCUACAGGUAGCGGCGUAGGUGCCUUUCUCCUCCUGCUCCCCCUUAUCAUUCUAGGGUUCGUUUGUGGUAUCGGUUGCGUAACUGCUACCUCGCGUUGUACUUGGGCAUUUGCUCGCGACGGCGCAAUUCCAGGCUCUAACCUUUGGAAGCGCGUUGAUCAGCGAUUGGGUAUUCCACUUAAUGCGAUGGCUCUUGGUAUGGUUGUUGAGAUCUUGCUCGGACUCAUUUAUUUUGGAUCUACCGCGGCCUUCAAUGCCUUUUCCGGUGUUGGCUGUCUCUUCUUCUUCGUCAGCGACAAGAAGUGA